AUGCCAGAAGCCUUAGACAGCGUCUGCUUCAAUGGUUUUGCACCAGAUGGAACUGCUGUCGUAACGCGAAUCUGUCGCCACCAAGGCCGCCGUGCGGAGAUCUGGUUCAUCCUCCACGUGCCCGGAGUCGGCGUGCUGCAGGCCCCUCAGCACCCGGACACAGCCGUCUUUAACACGGACGGGAAAACCUUCUCCGCAGCAGGACUGCACUUUGAACCAGUGGAAGCCAUGAGAACAUGGAAAGUACAGUUCAACGGACUGAUGAGGCUGACGGAAUCACCACGCACUGAUGUAACGAAGGAGGAGGGUCGUCUGGUCCAUGUCAGGUUCUCCUUCAUGUGGUCUGCUUACACCUUACCCUUCAACUUUGACACUGACAUUCAUCCUCGUGCGAUCGCCCGUGCCAUGGCCAUCGAGAAGUGGAACAAGCAGUUCUUCCAGGACUUGCGAACUUCACACCAGACUCAUUACAACCAGUGGGGACAGCUGUGGGGAGGUCUGCACAUAGAGGGUCAUGAGGAGCAGCACGUCAGGCUGAGGGGUUGCAGGGACCGUUUAUUUGGUGUGAGAGACUCGAGCCUCAUGCAUCGCUGCAUAGUUCAUCUUGCUUACUUGGAGUGUGGUUCCUGCUUUCAAGUAGCUACAUCCUGUUUUCCAACAACCAUGUCAGAUCUGCGGACAGGCUAUGUCUUCACCCCUAAUGGGACGAUGGAGGCGGUGUCAGAAGUGGACUUGGUAUUGUCAAGUAUUGGAGAAGAUGGAACCAUGCCUGACAACUACUCUUUCAGCUUUGUGGCAGGGGGCAAGAAGUACCAUGUUCAGGUGGAAAUAUAUUGCCAGUCUACCUGGUACAAUGGGCUUCAAUGGGAAUCUCGUGUGCACGAACGGCUUGCUAACUUCACGGUUAAUGGCCUGAAAGGUUGGGGAGUCUGUGAGUUCAAUUACAAGAACACUACUGGCUGCCCACUGCCUCCCCGUGAGUCCAGACCACAGCAGCCGCUGCCAGAUAUCACCAGUACACACCGGAAACUGCUGACCCUGUCCCUGUCCAGCCCAGUCUGUCGCAGUACUGACCUGGUCGGAGGGAAGGGGAGCAGUCUGGCCACACUGACUGCUCUGCAGAAAAAUGGUUCAAUGUUUAAGGUUCCAUCUGGGUUCUGCGUUACCAUGGCAGCCAUGGAGCUGCAGCUGAAGCUUUACCCAUCUUUGAAAUCAAAGCUGGAAGAACUCAAGCAAGUCUCAUGUAGCGGCCAAGUGGAAGCACUGCAGGGAAUGUGUCAAAGUGUGGGGGAAAUAUUUACUUCUGUUGCCCUGGUGUCGGAAGUGCGAGAAGCCAUCAAAGAUGAACUGGACAACCUAAGUGGCAGUCAAUUCGCUGUUCGUUCAUCUGCUAUCGGUGAAGAUACCGAGGAGAUGUCUGCCGCAGGACAGAUGGCAACAGGGCUGGGUGUCCGAGGGCUGGAUCAGAUCUGUGACGCAGUUCAGAAGUGUUGGGCCUCACUCUAUGGUUUUCCGGCUGUCCAGUACAGAAGACAGCAUGGUCAGCCUGUUGUGUCCUCCAUGGCUGUGGUGGUACAGGAGAUGGUGCCAGCAGAAGUGGCAGGUGUCCUUUUCACUCAGCAUCCAGUAACUGGACAUCCAGGCAAGAUGGUUAUCAAUGCCAACUACGGGCUGGGUGAGUCUGUGGUCAGUGGUGAGUCCCAUCCAGACACCAUCACCCUGUCCCGUGGUGUGGAUGGUUCAUGUCAGGUGAAAGGUGUGGAUCUGGGAAGCAAGACUCAACAGGUGGUUCCUCUAGACAAAGGGGGCACAGCAGUGCAAGCGGUUACUUCAGCUCAGUCUGAGGCGUGCUGUCUAAGUAAUGACAUAGCUGUCAAGCUGGGACACAUCGGUGUUCAGGUGGAGAACGCCUAUGGUGGGCCACAAGAUGUAGAAUGGGCAGUGAGCCAGGGCACAGUGUAUCUAUUACAGGCUCGACCAAUCACCACAUUUGGCAUGGAGACUGAGUGGGAACUGAUGCACGAGUUCGAUACACCGCUUGUGUCGGAGAAAGAAAUUAGCACCACCAGUAAUGUUGGAGAGAUAUUGCCGGGAGCUGUGACCCCCCUGACAGCAUCAACCGUUUGUCAGGCAUUAGAAUAUGGACUUCAGUACAACUCGAACUUCAUAAGGAGGAGAAGCUAUCAACCUUACUCCAAGAAGAUGGGACUUUAUUUGGGCAAUUUGUUCGUCAACAUGCAUAAUUUUGGUGAGUUGUAUGAGCCGCAUAUGGCAAUUGGAGACAAGAGAAUAUCUGAGAUGUCAAUUGUGGGAAGGUGCCUAGAAGAGAUCACAAUGGACGACAUCGUUGAAUACCAUGGCAAAUCAUCUGUAUGGAAACGUAUCGUUAAUUCCUACAAUUUUACAAAGCAUCUAUACACAUCAAAACACAACAUCCUCCAGUUGGAGAAAACUCUGACUACGUACAGCAUCUGUCGUCAUGACAACGCCAUGGCGAUGUACCAAGAGAUCAACGAGAGGUUACCAGACUUCUACCAGGCCUGGGCAUAUCACUGUAGCUGUAGUGGCCGAUCAGCAGCAUGGAGCACUGUCCUGAUGAUGGUCCUGUCACAAGGAAGCAGCGAGUGGACCAUGCAGCACUUCUCUGACAUGGCUCAUCUGUAUGUCAACUGUGAACACGUGACCAGUGCAGAUGUGCCUGAUGCAUUAGAGAAACUAGCAGUGAAGCUCAUAGAGGAAGGGCACAAGGAUAGACUGAUCGCCAUGUCAUCUCAGGAAGCUACAGCCUGGCUGCUGGGUGCUGACAGCGGCUGCUCCGGACAGCUCUUCCAAACAUUCCUGGACCUGCAUGGACACAGGUGUCUCAGGGAGGCAGAACUGAGGGAAACAUCUUGGAGAGCAGCACCAUCCAAGAUGGUUUUAACCAUUCAGACAAUGCUCAAGAAUAACCAGAUAGCCAGUGUGAAGGAGCCGUUCAACUUUGAUGAAGCUGUGAAAAAGAUCAAGUCGCCCGUAACUAUGGCUGGCAGGUACAUCUUGAAGUGGACUCUCCCCUACGCACGGCAAGGUGUGGCUGAAAGGGAGCAGAGCAAGUCAGCAGCAAUAAAAAUGAAUGACCAUUUCAAACAGGCCUACUGGAGCCUGGCGUCACUUAUGGUUGCAGAGGGUCGCCUUCCUGAGGAGGAUUUGCUGUUCUUCCUGACACACCAGGAGAUUGGCACGCUUCUGCACAGCUGGUCUGCUGUUCUAGUGGCCAGAGCAUUGCGAAGACGCCGUAUUCUACCUAAGCAGAUGUCCCUCAAGUUCCCGGAGAUUUGCCGUGGCCAUCUCAAACCUAUUGAGGUUGGUGUGUUGAAUGUGAGCGGGUCAGACCUGAUGCUGAAGGGAAUGCCGGUGAGCCACGGGACUGUGACAGCUCCUGCCAGGGUGGUGACCAGACUGGAGGAUGCAGGGACUAUCCAGGCUGGAGAGAUUUUGAUAGUCCAGAGCACAGACAUAGGGUGGAGUCCCUACUUUCCCUUACUGAGUGGGCUGGUCACUGAGCUGGGAGGGCUGAUUUCACAUGGUGCAGUGGUUGCCCGUGAGUACGGCCUCCCAUGCGUGGUGAGUGUGAAGAAUGCCACAGCGAUGUUCCAGACUGGCGACAUGGUGCUGCUAAAUGGUACCGAGGGAUCAGUCAGAAAACUGAACCAUAACAACUUAUAACUAACUGUUAUGAGAGGGUUGAGAUGAAAGCUUGAGGAGUAAUGUUAAGACAACACAAGCUAGCCUCCAUGGCAGGCUUUCUGAGGCCUUUUUUGGCUCAUAAUGCACUUCUGCUGGCCAUUUCUUUUUGUA